GAACCAGAGGAAAGUGAACCAGGAAGCCGAGGCGGAGCAGCUGAGAGCCACUGUCCCGGUCUGACGGCUCAACGGCGGCGACGCAGGCAGCAGCGAUACGGUGUCAACCACCCGGGAGUUUACGUCCAGCGUUGAAAGUCGACACGAAGCGCAGUCAUGGCCUCGCUUUUCAAGAAGAAGACGGUCGACGACAUCAUCAAGGAACAGUCGAAAGAGUUGCGUGGCACUCAGAGACAGAUCACCAGAGACAGAGCGGCGCUGGAGAAACAAGAGAAACAAAUGGAGGCAGAGAUCAAGAAAAUGGCAAAGAGUGGGAACAAGGAAGCGUGUAAGAUCCUCGCCAAGCAGCUGGUCCAGCUCAGGAAGCAGAAAAACCGAACGUACGCCGUCAGCUCCAAGGUCACCUCCAUGUCGACGCAGACGAAGGUCAUGAACUCUCAAAUGAAGAUGGCCGGUGCCAUGUCCAGCACAGCCAAGACAAUGCAAGCGGUGAAUAAAAAAAUGGAUCCUCAGAAGACCCUUCAGACUAUGCAGGAUUUCCAGAAGGAGAACAUGAAGAUGGACAUGACGGAAGAGAUGAUCAACGACACUUUGGAUGAGAUCUUUGAUGAUUCUGGGGAUGAGGAAGAGUCUCAGGACAUUGUCAACCAGGUUCUGGAUGAGAUCGGCAUUGAGAUCUCAGGAAAGAUGGUGAGAGCUCCAGCUGCAGGAAAGAGCCUCCCCAGCGCCGCUGCCAAGAAAUCCACCAUCUCCGACGACGAGAUCGAGCGACAGCUCCGAGCGCUGGGAGUGGACUAAUUGCUGUCUUUGUUUUAAUGUUCACACCACAAACCUGUCCAACAUUAAUACCAAUGGAUACAGACUGUGAGACACAUUGGUUUUGUCAUGAUUUAAAUGGUACAGGUGUAACAGAGGGUGCACACUAACAAACAGACACACACACACACAAACACAAUCAUAUUCUCACAUUCUUGGACAGGUUGCCUUAUAGAUCAUGAAGGCAGAACAUCUGAUCUAUUUAAAAUUAUAUUUAUUCUGAAGUUGGACUAAUAAUGGAUGCGUAACCUGAAGAACCACCCACACUGUUGUUUACCAUCCACCCCUGUCUUCAUAAAGGGCUACAGUCUAUAUGCUUAAUAUUUAGCUUUUUCCAUAUGACGUCUUGGUCAAACUUGAGUUAGUCAGAUAUCAGCCUCUCCCUGAUUAAAGAUGGACGUAGUGUGGUGGUUAAACGAUGGUUCAAUAAGCAGAUUUCCCAAAUUACCUGCUCACUUUGCUGUGAUUGGUUGAUUUGCUUCCUCUCUGAGGUGAACUGUCUUUGUCCAAGAAUUCUCUGGAAAAGUUAUUUUGCGGGUAUAAAGACUUUUACUGUUCAUACUGGGUAAUCUAAGAUGGGACAAACUUAUUAAACUGACUCCAUGUACAGAAAACCAACUGGUCAAGUAGAUUCCUGAUGUUUAUUUAAAUCUAUGCAUAUGGCAGAUGUUCAUGUGAAGCGUGUGACAGACUGAUGCCUUCAGGCGAUGAUAACACCUUUUAUUUGCAUCAGAUGAAGAGACAGAUUGAUCCGAUAGCAAACUGGCUAGCAUCUCAUUAGCGCUGCCGAAGCUGCAAUGUUGUACAGAUUGUGAGACAAAACUUAAGCAAACACAAAUUGGGACUAAUGAAAGACUUUCUAUCAAAGAGUAAAUCGAUUGUUUGAUGCUACUGAUUAAUCACGAUUUCUUUGUUUUUUUGGGGGGGGGGGGGUCUUAUGGGUUGCUGCUUGCUGUCUGAUUGUAUAUCUUAUAUCAGACUUGGGAUUUACACAGUGAUUGUAGGAUGGCACUGGUCCUGCAGUCGCUCUUCUCUUUCAGCUGCUGUGCAGUUACUGUCAUUUGUUAUUCGAAGCUGCCUCAGUCACACACACACACAACUAAAUAAUAAAUUUACACUGUGAUCCAAGAGAGGCUUUUCUCCUCUUCAGGGCUGAAGCAGAUUCCUCUAUACACUGAUUUAAUUUCAGCUUCAGGCUUUGAGUGACGAAGACACCUCAUAUUUACCUGGUCUCUCUCUCAUUGCCAAAACAACUCUAAAAAAUGUGUUCAUUCUUGCAUGUAUCCCACAUGUUCAAGUCACAUCUUCUUUUUGUAAAUUAUUCUCAUCCUCCACCUUCCAAUAGUCUUCUUAUGAGUGUAAACUGUUUUAACACAUUUUGACAUCGAGUGUGAUUUCAAAAUUCCCAGUUUCCAAAACAACAUAUGUGCUGUAUGUAUACUCAUCUCUGUUUCCUUCUUUGUCAUUGUAAAUUGACUCUGUAAAGGGUUUUUGGCUUUUAUAAUGAAUAAAGUUUCUUCAGGUA